AUGACCCAUCCGCUCUUCGGCUCCACACCUCCCGAAAAGGACCAGGAAGACCCGGUGCUGAAGGCGGCGCAAAAGAUCCUCUCGAUAAACAACGUCAAGAACCGGAUCCUCUGCCACGUCUCCCUCCCACUAUCGCUAGAAGCCCUCCCCUACACCUCGCUGGACGCAUCCCAUGGCCGCUACUACCGCAUCUCCCGCGCCUCGCUCCUCGGCAACUACCCCGAGUACUCCAACUACGACGGCAUGUGGGACACGGUCGUGCGGAUCCGGCUGUCGAACCGCGGCAUCGUCGAAGUCCGCGACGGCGACUCGUGGCAGCCGCUCUCGACGUACCUCUCGCGGCUGCCGGCGGUCAAGGAGUACUGGGCGGGGCCGGGGUCGGGGGCGUGGCUGCAAGCGCUGGACUGGGCGACCAACGGCCAGCACUUCCCGCUGCUGGCGCUGCCGGGCGAGAUCCGCAACAUGAUCUACGACCGGUGCGCGAGCUUCUGCUACCCGUACGAGUUCGAGCGCGGCUUCAACUACAUGGCCGCCGCCGGCACCGACGGCCUGCUGUACCGCGAGUACGGCGCGCGCGGCUCCCACCUGCAGGCCGAGCUGUUCGGCCGCGGCCGCGUGCUCAACGGCGCCGGGCCCGUCCUCGCCCUGCUGCUGACCAGCAGGCAGGUGCAUGCAGAGUUUGCCGCCCGCCUGGAGCGCGGCAUGGAGUUUCGAUUCCAGGGCGCGGCGCCGCUGAGGCGGUUCCUGGCCCCGAAGCCGCUGCGGCCCGACCUGAGCGCGCUGAGCAAGGUCACGCUGCAGAUGACGACGUGGAACAUGGUCAAGUUUUUUGGCGUGUGGAUCCACCAGUCGGCGCGCCCGUGGGGCGAGCCCGAUGCCGGGUGCUUGAAGGGCCUGCGGGUGAAGGAGCUGGAGCUCAGGCUGGGGCAUCGUGAGAAUUUCGAGGGGUACAGGCUCGAUACCGUGUUGGCGCCGUGCUGCCACCGCGUGUUGGCGGGCUUGAUUCUGUGGGCGGCGAAGGACUAUGUGAAAGACAUCCCCGCGGUUUCGGUCGAGGGAUGCGUGCCUGCGGCGGUGAAGGCGGCGUUCCUGCAGCUGUUGGCGGACGAGAGGGCAAAGGUGCCGUCGGCGGUGACGCAGUGGGAUGUCAUUGGGAAGUCGGCGAAGCUUGUCGAGAAGGGCGAGAGCUGGAUGGUCCGGACGGAUUCUGGUCUCGGAUGCGAACUGCUCGAUCAUGAGCACAGCUGUGCGGACAUGGGGCCGUGCACGGAUGAUUUCUGCCUUUCCGAGAACAACUUCACGCCCAGGAAAGCAAUCGCCUCCUCCUCUUCCUCUGCGACGACGGCUGUGCCGUCGGCUUAA